AUGACCACACCAACUGCUCCCCCGAUCCUGGACUUCUCUGCUUUCUACGGUAGCGAUAACGACGCAAAGGCCAAGUUGGUGGAGGAGGUGCGCAAGUGCUGCCACUAUAAUGGCUUCUUCCAGAUUACGGGCCAUCGCGUGCCGCUCGACCUGCAGCGGCGCGUUAUGAAAUGCUCCAAACGCUUCUUCGACUUGCCUUUGGAAGAGAAAAUGCAAAUUGACAAAAAUCUGAACACCUUUAACCGCGGCUACGAGCUGCUGCGAUCCCAAAUGCUCGAAGCAGGCACCGGCCCCGAGCUGAAAGAAGGGCUUUACAUUGGCGAGGAGAUCCCCGAGGAUCACCCAUACUUUGUCCAGAAGAAGCUGAACAGUGGUCCCAAUCAAUGGCCACAGACGGUGCCCGACAAAGCGGAGUUCCAACAGACAACGAUGGAAUACUACCACGCGGUAUUCGAGCUCGCGAAAGAGGUGCUGGGGGUGGUUGCGUUAACGCUCGGUGUGGACUCGACCUUCUUCGAGCCUCUCACCCAAGGCGCUGUUGCCACGAUGCGCUAUCUCCACUAUCCCGCGCAACCGAAGGACCAGGACGAGAAACUGAAUCGUGGAAUUGGCGCCCAUACCGACUUUGGAUGCGUCACUCUGCUCCUGCAGGAUGAAGUGGAUGGCUUGCAGGUCUUGGAUGUGCCUACUGGACAGUGGCUUGAUGUUUGUGCCUCUCCUGUCCGGCUUUCGUCCAUCGCUAAUCCAUGUCUUGCACAGGUUAAGCCGGUCGAAGGAGCCUACGUCGUAAAUCUGGGCGACCUGUUCAUGCGCAUGGCCAACGAUAAAUACAAGUCUAACAUUCACCGCGUGAUUAAUAAGUCGGGCCGUGAGAGAUACUCGAUUCCUUUUUUCUUUAGUGGAAACCCAGACUACCUUUGCGAGUGCCUACCCAACUGCCGCGCGCCGGGCGAGCCAGCCAAAUACCCACCGAUCACUGUCCAGGAUAGGGUGACCGAAGCCUACAAGGAGAGCUAUGGUCGGGCAGAAAAAUACAAGAAGCAGCUAGAGAUGCAGGCCUUGGGGUCUACCCCAGCGGUAGCUUCUGUUGGGGCGUAG